GUUUCACGACUAGGUUGCUCCUAAAUUCUUCAUCUUCUGCACAAAUCUUCAGGAACUGUACCAAUUCGAAAUGGAGGAUUUUCUUCUUUCCAUUGCAGCAAAGAUUGCAGAAUAUGCAGUGGAUCCAAUUUUACAUCAUGCUCAAUACUUGUGUUGUUUCAACAACUUUGGUUUAUAUCUUCCAAAUGUCAAAGAACAAUUGGAAUUGACUCGAGAUAGAGUGAAUGAGCAAAUUACAGAAGCCAUCAUUAAAGUUGAAAAAGUUGAGCCAAGUGUUGAGAAGUGGCUGAAAGAUGUUGAAAAAGUCUUAGAAGAAGUGCAAAUGCUGGAACAAAGAAUAUUGAGCGUGAAUAAAAACUAUUUCAAAAGGCAAUGUCAAUAUUCUCUUGCAAAAGAAAUAGAAAGAAAAACAACUGAAAUGAUUCAGCUCCAUCAUAAUAGCAAGUUUGAACCAUUUUCCAGGAUUACUGAACUUCCAGGCAUGCAGUACUAUUCUUCCAACGAUUUCUUUAUGUUCAACUCUACAGAAGCAUCUUACAAGAAGCUUCUGGAAGCAUUAAAGAAUAAAUGUUCUUUCAUAAUUGGAUUAAUUGGAUUAGGAGGCUCAGGGAAAACUACUUUGGCAAAAGAAGUGGGUAAAAAAGCUGAACAGAUGAAACUCUUUGAGAAGGUUGUCUUGGCAACAGUGUCUCAACCUCUAAAUAUCAGAUCUAUCCAAGAUCAGAUUGUUGAUCAAUUAGGCUUCAAGUUAAUGGAAGAAUCAGAUAUAGGUAGAGCACAAAGAUUAUCAGAGAGAUUAAGAAAAGGUACAACUCUUGUAAUCUUGGAUGACGUAUGGGAAAUCCUAAACUUUGAAGCUUUAGGUAUUCCACUUAAUGAAAGCAGUAAGGCUUGUUGUGUAUUGAUAACUACUCGGAGUAAAGAAUUAUGCACUUCUUUGCAAUGCCAAAGUAUAAUUGAACUUAAUCUUUUGAAUGAUGAGGAAGCUUGGACUCUGUUCAGACAUUACGCAAACAUAACUGAUGACUCCUCAGAAACUUUGAAAUGUGUGGCAAGAAAAAUUGUUAAUGAAUGUAAGGGAUUGCCCAUUGCAAUUGUGACCGUGGGAAGCACGUUAAAGCAUAAAACUAUUGCAAAUUUUAAGUUAGCAUUGUCAAGGCUAGAAAAUUCUAAGCCACUAGAUAUUCCCAAAGGCUUAACAAGUCCUUAUGUUUGUCUUGAAUUAAGUUACAAUAAUUUGACAAACCCAUUAGCUCAAUCCUUAUUAUUGUUGUGUUCUGUGUUUCCAGAGGAUUGUGAAAUAGAUUUGGAAGAUUUGUUUCGAUUUGGAAGGGGAUUUGGCACAAUUGGGACAUUUGGAAUGAUGGAAGACGCAAGGAGAGAGAUGGAUUCAGCUAUUGACAUGCUCAAGAAUUCAUUGUGGAUUGCGUCUAAGAGUGGUCAAGCAAUCUUCACUCGUACUAAAGUGGAUCCAAGAGUGUUGGAAGAUGAUGAAGUCAUGAAGGAUAUGAAAACAAUAGCUGUAUGGGAUUUUAAACAUGAUCAUCUUAAUCAUAAACUAAAUUGUCCAUCACUUGAAAUUCUCGUACUUUCUGUUAAUGUGAGUGGUGGCUUAAAAGUAUCAGAUGGGUGUCUUCAAAGCUUGGAAAAGCUUAAAACCUUAGCAUUCUUAAAUCCAGAUGUUCGGUAUAUAGGUGCUUUGUCUUUGCAAGAGUCAUUGAUGUCAUUAAAAAACCUUCAAACACUAUGCUUGAGGCGUCAAGAUUUAGGUGACGUAUCUUUUGUGGAACAACUGCAAGCAUUGGAGAUUCUUGACUUUUGUGGCUCUUAUUUUGAUGAUUUGCCAGUUGGGAUUAUAAAAUUAAAGAAGUUGAGGCUUUUGGACUUGUACAAAUGCGUGAUUAAGAAAAAUAAAAAUGUUGAAUUUUACGAAGUUGUGGGGAAAUGUUUGCAGCUUGAGGAAUUGUAUCUGUGUUUGAUCAAUUAUGAAAAGGCCUUCCCACAUGAUGUCUCUUUCUCCAAAUUACAAAGGUAUGUUAUACAAAGUGGACAUUAUCAAUAUUCUUAUGAAACUACUGUGAUUUUGGAAAAAUAUGGCCAAAUUAGAAGUUUAUUAAUAAAUAGAUUUGACGUUGUUGCACAACGUUUUGCAUCAUUAGCAAUCAAGGAUCUGUUUAUAAGAGCAGAGUUCCUUUGUUUGACGAACCUUAUGGGAGAUUAUAAAAAUAUAAUCCCAUCCAUGGAUCCACAAGGCAUGAAUCAGUUGAUUGCCCUGCAACUCCAACACUGUAAAGAGAUAGAAUGUCUCAUUGAUGGCACUAUCAAUAAUAGAACCAGUUUUGGUUUGCUUCAAACUGAAGUUGUGUUCUCCACCCUUGUUUACUUAAGUUUGGUAGACUUACCUAAGCUUCGAGAGUUGUUUUGUGAUCCCUCCUCGCGAUGUUGUCUCCAAAAUUUAGAAGAGCUCGAGAUAAAUAUGUGUAAUGAAUUAUAUAGCAUAUCCUUUCCAAGGAACUCAAAGCUAUGCAAUCUGAAGGUCGUUUCGAUAUCAGGAUGCCCUAUGCUAACUUCUCUCUUCACGUCAUCUGUUGUACAAACUCUGGAGUUGUUAGAGGAUCUAAAAAUAUAUAAAUGUAGAUCAUUGAGACACAUAAUAGAAGAAGAGAAUGGUGUUCUUUCAAUCACUCAAAGUCAUUCUUCUUUGAAGCUCCGAAAAUUAAGGUUUAUUGGAAUUUAUGAAUGUGAGAAUUUGGAGUAUAUGUUCUCUGUGUUUUUAGUCGAAGGGCUUUUAAGUUUGAAACGUGUGGCUAUUUUUAACAACCCAAAGUUGAAGUAUGUAUUUGGCAGUGAAAAGGAACAUAAUGUUGCAGGGUACCCAUGUUUCCAGCAGACUAAUACAAAAAGAAAUUUGCUUAAUUUGAAUACUUUGGAGUUGAUUGAAUUACCAAAUCUAACUGCCAUUUGGCCUGAAUAUUGUCGUCCACAUCUCCUAAGUCUUAAUGAAUUAUUUUGUUUGGGUUGUCCAAAAUUGUCCAACUCUUCCAUAUACAAGGUGAUAAAUGCUUCAGAUUUCCAGCAACAGACAACUCCAACGGAGAAUGAAAUAUUAUGGUCGUUCACCAACACAUCUAACCAAUUGGAAGAUCUAUUACUUCACCCUCAACUUAAAACUUUCCUCAAAUUUAGAGUGCUUUCGUUGACAGAUGUUAGAAUAAAAGGUAUCUUCCAAUUCCAAAUAGGAGAAGGCACUACAGAACUGGUUUCACUAAACUUGGAUAUAGAGUCUCUAUACCUUUGCGAUAUACCUGAACUCAGCUUUAUAUGGAAAGGACCCACAACUUUCCUAAGCCUCCAAAAUCUUUUCGAUAUUCGAGUGGAUGGAUGUCCAAAAUUGAAAACCAUCUUCUCCACAACAGUUGUUACAAGUUUACCAAUGCUUACAUAUCUGCAUAUAAGUGACUGUGAUGAAUUGGAAGAAAUAUUUGAUUUAGGUGAUCCACAUCAACUCAAGAGCCUAUAUUCUUCCCAACAAGUCUACUUCCCAAAUAUUUCAGAUAUUGAAGUUAAUAAAUGCAAUAAGUUGAAGUGUCUAUUUUAUAAUCUCUCUGCUUGUCACUUUACCAGUCUGAUAAGAUUGGAAAUAGAAGAGUGCACUCAGUUACACAAAGCUUUUGGUUUUGAACAUGAACCUGAUGGUGGUGGUUUAGAAAAGAUGGGUAAAGAUGGAAAACAAGUACUAUUCCAGAACUUGAAAUUUAUAAGUCUCAUAAAUUUGCCAAACUUCGAAGAUAUUCAUCACGGAUUUAAGUUGAAAGAAGAUGUUGAUCAAACAAUAAAGGAAUGUCCUAUGUAUUCUCCAAGUUUAUAUCUACAUCCAG